AUAAAAAACAAUAAAGAAAAAGAGAAAAACAAAAGGCAUAGAAAAAGAAAGAUGAACAGAGAGAAAGAGAUCACUCCUUUCUCCUUUUGUCUCAACAGAUCCAAUGAGUCCUAGUACUUAACAUCUAGGGUUUCAAAUCCAAAUUCAAAACAACCUCUCAAAGAUCCAAUUUUUACCAUUUGGGUUGUCAAUUUGGUGCUUCAAUUUUGUUCAUCACCGUUCUGGUUUUCUGAAAACUCUAAAAAGAAAACCCCACAUUCAAACCCCUCAAAGAUCCAAUUUUUAUCAUUUGGGUUGUCAAUUUGGUCCUUCAAUUUCGCCAAUUACCCACUGUUCUGGUUUUCUGAAACCCUAAAAUAAGAAAACCAGGACCUUCAAAAUCAACAAAAAAAUGACGACAAGAGGCAGCAGAUCAGAAAAAGUAAAGCGAAUCUUCCAACAAUUCGAUUCCAACAGAGAUGGCGGCCUCAACCGUGAAGAAAUGGCCGCCUUGGUCGUUGCCGUUAACCCUAGGGUUAAAUUCAGCGACGAGCAAAUCAACGCGAUUCUGGACGAGGUUUUCAAGACCUACGGCGAAUUCAUCGACGGCGAGAAGGGGCUGACAUACGACGGCCUCCUCCGGACCUACGACGACGGCGCCGGCGACGUCGACCGCGACUUUGAUGCCCUAGGGCUUGAAUUGAAGCCUGAUAGUGGAGGUGAUGACGUGGCGUCUUCGUCCUCCAUAGCCGACGAGCGGGCGGUGGCGGAGCCGGCGAAGAAGCAGCGGACGGCGGCGUGGGCGGCGUCGCCGAACCACGGGAUCGUGUUCGAUGACACGUGGAAGGUGGUGGAUGAUUUGGAAAUUUUGAUCAAACGGUUGAAAGCAAAGCAAGUAAAGGAUGGGAAAAUGAAGGGUGGGGAUAAUAGUAAUAAUGAUGUUUAUUCGGAUCCUGGGUGGUCUAGGGAAUUAGGGCCAAGUUCUGAGAUUUCAGAUAAAAGGAUAGUUUGGGAAGAAUCAGGGCAUGAUUAUGCUGUUUUUGUGAAAGACUUGGGUGUUUUGAGAACAAGGGCAGAUGGGGCAAGAUCAAGAGAAGAGGCAUUUGAUGGGCAUAUGGCAAUUGGUAGGGUUUUGUAUGAGCAUCAGUUGUAUAAGGAAGCUUUGGUGAGUUUUAAAAGAGCUUGUGAGCUUCAACCAACUGAUGUGAGGCCACAUUUUAGGGCUGGGAAUUGUUCGUAUGUUCUUGGGAGGCAUGGUGAGGCUAAAGAGGAGUUUGUUUUGGCUUUGGAAGCGGCCGAAGCCGGGGGAAACCAAUGGUCUUAUUUGCUUCCACAGAUACAUGUCAACUUGGGAAUCUCACUUGAAGGUGAAGGUAUGGUUAUCAGUUCUUGUGAGCAUUAUAGAGAGGCUGCUAUUCUUUGUCCAACUCAUUUUAGAGCUUUGAAACUGUUGGGUAGUGCUUUGUUCGGAGUAGGCGAGUAUAAAGCGGCUGUGAAAGCCUUAGAAGAGGCUAUUUACCUGAAAAACGAUUAUGCCGAUGCCCAUUGCGACUUGGCUUCGGCUUUGCACGCUAUGGGUGAUGAUGAGAAUGCAAUUAAGGAGUUUCAAAAGGCUAUUGAUUUGAAACCUGGUCACGUGGAUGCUUUGUAUAAUUUGGGCGGGCUUUAUAUGGAUAUGGGUAGGUAUCAGAGAGCUUCAGAGAUGUAUACUAGGGUUUUGACUGUUUGGCCGAACCAUUGGCGUGCGCAGCUCAAUAAGGCUGUGUCGCUUUUGGGUGCUGGGGAAAAUGAGGAAGCUAAGAAGGCUUUGAAGGAAGCGUUGAAAAUGACGAAUAGGGUUGAGUUGCAUGAUGCUAUAUCGCACUUAAAACAGUUACAGAAAAAGAGGUUGAAAGGGAAUGGAGGGGCUAAUGGGGAGGAGGCGUUUAUCAUUGUAGAACCAUCAAAAUUUAAGACGGCUACUGAGAAGACGACAUUGAGGCAGGAGUUGGCAAUUGCUCUUGAUGUUAGGGCAUUUCAGAGGAUAACUAGGUUGAGUCGGUGCGAUGUUGAACUUUUGAAGAAGGAGAUGACUGAAAACAAUGCACCUGUGUCCUAUUCUGGUAUGGGUGUUCCUGAGAAAUCUAUUCGCAAGGCUUCAUUGGAGGUAAUUCUCCGCCGGUUGCUCAAUUUCUUGAAGCCAGAAACUUUUGUUGGAGCUGUUAAAGCUAUAAACCAGAAAAUCCUUUCUGUAUUGGAUGAAUCAGAGUCGGGUAGAGUGGAUUUGGGCAUGUUUUUCGCGGUUCUUGCCCCAAUUUUUGGUGGCACUGCUGAGAGAAGAAAACGGGUUGCAUUUGAUGCUUUGUUAUGGCGACCUGUGAACGAAGAUUCCACUCAGAUUCAGAAAGUCGAUGCUCAACUGUACAUCAAAUUGUUAAGGGCCAUCUACAUUCCCUCACUUGGUAUGAGUGAGAUACUGGAAAUCCAUGGGGAAACAGAUUCAGCUAUGAUGUCCUUUACGGAAUUCAUUGCUAUGUUUGACGAUCCUGAUUGGGGCUUCGGUGUCAUGUCUGGUUUAGUAAAGCUUGAAUCGGUGGAUAGGAAUCGCCACGGUAAUCAUGUUUGCUCAGUUUGCCGUUACCCUGUCAUUGGGUCAAGGUUCAAGGAGAUGAAAUCUCAUUUCAGUUUGUGCAGUCAAUGCUAUAGUGAAGGAAAGGUCCCUCCUACCUUCAAGCUAGAAGAGUACAAGUUCAAAGAGUAUGCAAGUGAGGCAGAGGCAAUGAAGGAUAAGUGCAUGUGGUUCGGUUUGCAUUCGAAGAGCUCCUCCCCUAGCUAGGUAUGUUUGAUUUGUUCUGUUCCUGUAAUAUUCCCCUACGCCGAUUUAGUUGUCCAGUGUGCAAUAUAUAGCUCAUAAAUGUGUUCAGUGGGCUAUUGUGCCCUUGUAUAAUAAAAUCGAAGUUGCCGUUCUAA